ACAGCGCAGGGCAUCUUCCUCUUCCGCCUCCCGCUUCUCUCCCUCGCACUGUGCUGCGAAAUAGCCUUUAGGUCUGGAGCCUCUGCUGCCGGUUGCAUUCCUGGCUGCGGGUGCAAUGCAAAGAAAAAGGACCGUGUGGAGCGGGUUUUGAAUCACGUGUGCACGCUGCCUUCGGAUGGCUUGGCCCGAAAAGCAGCAAAGGAAUACUUGAAAUAAAAUAAAGAGAGCAAAAAAAAAGGUGGGGUGAUAACAUGGAGAAGGUGAUGACUUAGACAAGCAGGAGGAAGAUCUUUCGCUAGAAAGGUGUGAGCUUCCCCAUCCUAUUAUCAUCCAAAAGUGGCAAAAGUUCUGGAGUUGAAGAGAUGCCGGGAAGUCAACAGGGACAAGAAGGACAACCUGAAAAGGCAACAGAAGGAGCUUUCCUUUGUGAAGAUGGAGAUAGUAGUUUAAAUGAAAGUACAUUACAAGAAGGAAUCCUCAUAAGUAAAGGGGAAAAUAUGGGCACAGUCUGUGGAAAAAGCCUCCAUCAGAGCUUUGAGUUUCUUGAGGAUGAGAGUGUGGAGACAGGGGGACAUCAAUAUAAAUGCUCAUCAUGCUGGGAAACUUUCCAUGACAGAACCCACUUGAAUACACAUGAGAGAAUCCACACAGGAGAUAAACCAUACGAAUGCACAGAUUGUGGGAAAAGCUUUAGCACAAGCUAUGGGUUUAUUGAUCAUAUAAGAGUACACACAGAGGAGAAACCAUAUAUGUGUUCAGACUGCGGUCAGCGCUUCCAUCUGAAAUCAAACCUUACUGCGCACAAGAGAACCCACACAGCAGAGAACCCCUUCGAGUGCUCUGAGUGCGGGCAAAGCUUUGGUAAGAAAUCACAUCUUGUCACGCACGAGAGGACCCACACUGGAGAGAAACCCUAUCAGUGCUCAGAUUGUGGGAAGAGCUUCAGCCAGAAAGGAAAUCUCGUUUCCCACAUGAGGAUCCACACAGGGGAGAAGCCGUAUAAAUGUUCCCAGUGUGGCAAAUGCUUCUCUCAUUGCACUUCGCUGAUGAUGCAUGUGAGAACUCACACAGGGGAGAAACCUUACAAAUGCUCCAUCUGUGAAAAAAGCUUUGUCAACAAGGGAAACCUUGUUUCACAUGUGAGAAUCCACACAGGGGAAAAACCCUAUGAAUGCAGAGAUUGUGGGAAAAGCUUUAGCACCAGCUUUCAGUUUAUAGAGCAUAAAAGGCUACACACGGGGGAGAAACCCUACACGUGCUCAGACUGUGGGCAAAGCUUCAAUUCAAAAUCAAACCUCAUCACACACAAGAGAACCCACACAGGAGAGAAGCCCUAUCAGUGUACUGUGUGUGGGAAAGGCUUCCGGGUUAAAUCAUCCCUUACUAAACAUGUGAGAAUCCAUACAGGGGAGAAGCCCUACGAAUGUCCUGAGUGCGGGAAAAGCUUCAACACUAGCUCCCUGCUUGUGAAUCACAAAAGGGUUCAUACAGGAGAGAAGCCGUAUAAAUGCUCAGGAUGCGGGAGAAGCUUCCGUCAGAAAGGAAACCUUGUUUCACAUAUGAGAAUCCAUACAGGGGAGAAGCCAUACCGGUGUUCUGACUGUGAUAAAAGCUUCAUUGAUAAAAAGUCGCUUAUUAAGCACAAGAGAACCCAUACAGGAGAGAAAGCUUAUGAUUGUAAAGAUGGUGGACAACACUUCAGGUGCAACUCGGUGCUUUCAUAGCACAGUAUAAUUCACUGGGCCUGACUGGACCAAGCCUCUCCUUGGUCUGACCUACAAAUGCAUGGUAGGGGGGAGACUGCAGACUUGGUGCUUUCUCACUGACUCAGCAUUUCUUCCCCACCUCCGGCAUCACCAGACGUCCAGAUGGGACCAUAUAUUAAAAUACGGAUGUAUACUUGGGUUGAGUUUGUGUGGUCAGUACCCAGAUAGAGUGUGGUCCAUUUCUGACCUACAUUGGCCAUAGAAUUGUAGAGGGCAAAGGGACCCCGAGGGUCAUCUAGUUCAGCCCCAUGCAAUGCAGGAAUUUCAGACUGCAUUGGAAAUACUGUGUAUUUCCAAGUGGGAUGUCUCUAGAGGAGGGGUCUGGCAAGGGGUCUGAAAAUCAGGACACCUUCAGGAAUAGCUGAAACAUCCGGGUGUGCUUAGCCUGGAAGAGAGAUAGCGGGAAGAGAGAUAUUAUACCAGUCUUCAAAUAACCACACAGAAUAUGGAACAGGCUUGUUUUCUGUGGCUCCAGAGGGCAAGACUUGGGCAGAAAGUGCAGGGAAGCAGAUUUCGGCAAAACAUUUAGAAGAUCUAUUCAACAUUGGGACAAAAUUAAUCAGGAGGUGGUGCUAGGGUUUUUAAAAUCUGAAAUACAGUGGUACCUCCGGUUGCAAAUGAGGUCCGGCCGUAUCCCAAAGUUUUCACAACCGGAGAGACCACUUCUGCACAUGCGCGCGUGGCGGUAGACCACUUCUGCGUGUGCACGAGUGGUAAAACACUUCCAGGUUUGCUGCUUUCGCAACCUGAAGUUUAUGUUACCCAAGGGAAACGUACCCCGAGGUUCCGCUGUAUGUCAUCUGAACCUGUGCACCCUGGAUAUUCCAAAUUUACUUUCUACCUUAACUGUCAGAGGCAGCCCAUGCCUCUGAAUACCAGUUGCUGGAAACCACAGGAGGGGAAAGGGCUCUUGUUCUCGGGUCCUAUUUUGGGGCUUUCCAUUGGGGCAAAUGGUUGGCCACUGUGAGCAGGAUGCGGGACUCAAUGCCACCCGAUUCAGCAGGGCUCUUCUUACAGUCUUACGCCACAUGGAUAGUUUCAGAGGUUGGCAGCUACCCAAGUGGGCAGGAAGGGAUGAUGCGCUGCCAGCUACACAUGUGGGCAAGAUCAGGGAGAGGUAUUGUCCGAUCUCACUGCGAUACCACAACACAUCCCAUUAGAGCAGCCUUCCCCAAGCUGGUGCCCUCCAGAUGUUUUGGAUCACAACUCGCAUCAGUCUUAGGCCAGCAUGGCUGUGCUGUAUUAAGAGGAGGGCAAGGGGGGAACUUCUGUUGCCAUUUAGAGCAACUUCUCAAUUGGCCUUAAAUUGGCAUCGCCAGCCACCACUGGCCAUAGGCAGAAGUGCAAUGGGACGAGAGAUGGGACGCUUACCUUUGUACAGUAGAGUACAUUUGACCCCACAGGCCUGGGGUUCCCCCUCCUGUUUUAAGACCAUGUUGGAAAUAUCUGGCAUUCCAUGCGUAUGAACAUGCAGAAACACAAUGGUGGUAGGGAUCUGAAAUGCAUAUUCUGUUCUCGUUUAUAAUAAUUUUGAUACUGCCUUUUUAAAAACGUUGCUAACAGGAAA